AUGAGCGGAAGAAUCUCAAAAGCUUGCGAUCCAUGUCGCGUUCGCAAGGUCAAAUGCAACGGCUCAGUCCCUUGUUCACAAUGUGGCCAUCUCAACCUGGCAUGCGUCUACUCCGCUGCGACAUCCAAGCGAAGACCAACUGUACGAGGGCGAUUGGUAGCGCAGAUACGGGAGGGGACAAGGCCAGAUGAUGCAAGAUCCAAUUCGGCUUCUCCACAGACUGAUGAUCCUUCGCCUGUCGCCUAUAGUUCUAUACCCACGAGCAUUGGAUCGGCAUAUUCUUCAGACUUUUUUCUCAACCUCUUACUCGACUAUGAACGCGUUGUUUUUCCAGUCAACCCAAUUGUUCUGCCUUCAGAAAUUGUGGCUGCAAUUGAGGGGAUGGAUCAAAGCUUUGAGGAUGCUGCGCUUGUAUACGCAUACGCUGCUGUUACCAUCAACCUGACACAGACAUCAUGGGAUUCAGAGGGCGAAGCACCUGUCAGAAUCACAGAGCUCAUGAAUCUGAGCUUCAAAGCGCAUAGACAAUCCGAGAUGGGAGUCGGGAUUCUUGGGAGGUUACCAGUGACUGUCAAACGCAUUGUAACAUGUGUAUUCCUGGAGAUCUGUCUCAUGGCGUUCAAGCGAUUCGACCGCAGCUUUGUCAUUCUUCGGGAAGCUAUUGCAAUGAUUCAAAUGCUCGACUUGGAUCGAUACAAGGAUGCUUCACUAACCGACCACGAAUUAGCAACGCGACAGCGUCUAUACUGCGAGAUUUCCAUCCACGAACGUUUCCUCACUGUAGUCGCCGGUCAUCCUGCUAUUCUUCCCUCAUUGAACCCGAGUGUUCCCGCAACAGAUCACGAACUUCCUCCCCACGUCAACGAAGGCUUCAAUCGGCUGAUUGAGCUGUUUCACGUCCUGGAUGAUACGUUUUUGGCUCACUGGAGAGCUCAACAGGAUCCACAGUCCGCGGCUCCCGAGAUGACUGCUGCAUGGAUCGAGCAUAAACAAGCUCAACUUGACCAGAAUGAGAUUGAUGCUGCGGAUACUGAUAACGCGUUGGUAUCUGAAGGCUGGGGUUUGACGGAGCUUCAGCAUGUUGACCUCUUUAUUACCCGGUUAUGGAUGAGAAUUCUGGUAUGGCAGCUUGCAUUAUCUCAAGGUCUUUUGCAAUCUGCACCACCGCAGAACUCUCACGAGGGUUUUUCGAUGCAUUUUCCCGCACAGCGAUUGUCGACUCAACUUCGGAAUGUGGUUCUUCGAUUAGAGAGGGUUGAGAGUAUUGGCCUACAUGGAUCAGGGAUUCUGCAAAAGUUAUUUGAGAUCACAAGUACUGUGGCUGAUGUGUUGGCGUUGCCGAUUGGCCCUGGAGAAGAACAAGAUGCUGAAGCGAGAGUUGAGGACUUUUUGUUUCUUGUCACGUUUCUUUUGAGCUUUGAUAGGAUUCAUCAGAAUCAGAGGGAGUACUUGAAGGAGAAGUUGAGUGCACUUCGGAGGGAACAAUCAGGGUUUCAGAAUCUGGCUACAUAUAAUCCGGAUGGCCGGGGCGAUCAGGGGCAGCAAUAG